UGGCUGCAAGACAGUGGGAAAACAGUUACCUUAGACACACAAAGGAUAAAAAAACAAAUAGAAAGAAAAAAGGAAAGACAGAGGAGCUGCGUGUAUUAUUUUUAACAUUUAAUACUCCCAGAGGAGCUACCAGACGAAUCAUCUCUCCACGCCUCCCUGUUCUCUCUCCUCUGCACUCCUCCUCUACCUCACCCAGCACUCACACCCAUCCAUGAGUGAGACCAACUCUUCUGCCUAUCGAUCGGAGCGUAGUUUCCACCAGACUUCAUCUUCAUCCUCAUCCUCUGGUAACCCAUACAUGGAGAAAAGCCGGGGACUGUUUUCUGAGGACUUUGGCUCCUUCAUGAGGCCUGGGAGCGACGCCUUGGGGUUUUCCGGUGGAGCUGGAAACAUUAAAACUCUCGGGGAUUCGUACCAGUUCACAGUUGACGUGCAAGACUUCUCCCCUGAGGACGUCAUUGUCACCACGUCCAACAACCAGAUAGAAGUUCAUGCAGAAAAGUUGGCCCAGGACGGUUCAGUGAUGAACACAUUCACCCACAAGUGCCAGCUACCUGAGGAUGUAGACCCCACCUCGGUGACGUCAUCACUGGACACAGAGGGAACCCUUACAGUCCGUGCGCGGCGACACCCAGCCAAGCACGAGCUCGUACAGACCUUCCGCACCGAGAUCAAGAUCUAGAAACACCAGAUUUUUUUUUUUUUUUUAUGCAUCUUCCUUGAUUUCCUGUCUUGACCGAACCCAUUCAACUCCCACCGUGCGCUGUAAAACCAACCACAUCCUCCCGCUGUGUCUGCAACUCAGUUAUUGUGCGAGAUAGUUCACCAGACACAGCUGCAAUAGGUCAUAGCUGCAAAUAACAGGCUGAGACGUAGAAGCUUGGACAUGUAUAGCAUUUGGACAAGCAUACACACACACACACACUGUACUGAUCAGUCCAGUACUUCACUUGUGUCGUUUAACACAGUUCAACUCCCUUGUCUAAAUUCAGAAUUUUAAAAUUGAUGGUUUCUCAUUAAUAAUUUAUUCUGUUGUAUUAUUUGUAUGAAUAAAAUACUCCUUCUUUGACAAUAAAAAUGCUGAUGCCUUCAGUUUCCCCUAUGUGGUUUGGGGAAAGAGCUCAAUCCCGUUAAAUGAGUUGAUUUGAAAAUUAAUGAAGCAAACCCAGCGAGCUAGUUCAGGCCAACUCGAGCUGCUCUGCUCCAAUCAUGUGACAAACCUCACUCUCCACGACCAUCUAUAGUACACACCCACCUUAUUAGGUGGCCGAUUAAAGCAGAGAGAGAUUUCCCAUCGCCCCCUUGGCUCACACUGCUGCUGCAGUAUUGGUACCAGUUGCUUCAGCCCCUCCACCACCUCAGCAUCCACCAACAGCGGGUUACAGAUAUUUGCUCAUCACUCCCAUAAUAUCUGUGUAAUCAUAUCAGGGGGGAGGGAUUAAGUUCUAGACACCAAACACUAAACCUGUUCUACUGUUGCAAUAAAUGUUUGAACGUGA